UUAAAAGAUGAAGUUUUAAACAUAAGCAGCUUUAGAGCCAAAAAUAUGGAAAAUAGGAACUCGAGAAUAUGAUAUUGAUUGUUGGAAUUAAAUGAAAAUGUAAAAUAUGAAAACAAAAAUUCUUAUAACAAUCACUUAAGAUUACUCAAUAAUUUAUUCUAAGGAUGGAUAAAUUUUAAGAAUGUAUGAAAUUAUUAGAAUUUCAAAAAGCCAAUAAUUUAGCAACUAUGAAGAACCAGAGAUCUUGACUAAUCUAGAAUUGAUUAAACAUUUUAAAUGCUAAAUUUAAAGUAGAAAUGACUAGGAAAAAUUUGUGAGACAAACAGCUACUUGGUAUGGAACUCCAUUGUAAGAAGUUUGCGGAUACUUUGAAGGUGGACUAAAAUAAGGUAUAUGGAGCCAAACUUUUAAAAAUUAUAGGAGGUAAAUUUUUGCACUUACUUUGGAUAGUCAAGCUGAAAUAUAUGAAGUAGGAGAGUAUUAUAAUGAUGUAAAGAAUGGGUAAUGGAAAUACAUCUAUAAAAAUAAAAUAAUGUAUGCUAUUAUUAUCAUUUUAGUGGAGGAGGAAAAUAUAAUGAGAAUUAGUAGAAAGAUGGUAAAUGGAUAGAUUUAAGCGAAAGUUUCAUGGAGUAAGUUAUUUUAACCAUGAUCUUUAGUUAAAGUUAAGUAACUUAUAUAGGUGAUUAUUCGAAUGGAAAAAAAGUUGGAAGAUGGGAUAUAAAUUGGAAUUGGGAUGAAUAGAAUUUAUAGAUGUGAGAAAAGUCAAAAUAUAUUUUAGUGGUGGAGGAUCAUACAAAGAUGAAUAGCAUAGCAGCACUAAGAUUGGGAUGUGGAUUGAGUUAGUUGAUAAUUUUAGAUGGGAUUCACAAGUCAUUUAUAAAGGUGAAUAUAAAAAUGGUCAAAAAAUUGGGAGAUGGGAUAUUAUGUAUAAAAGGAAUGAUAAUUUUGAAUUAAUGUAUACAAAUAAAAUGAAAUUAUAGAGGUGGUGGACAAUUUGAUGAUAAGAAUGGGAUAUCAAUAAAGAUUGGAAGGUGGAUUGAGUUGAGUAACUUCUUUUCGGAUUACUCAUAAGUCACUUAUGAAGGCUUCUAUAAAGAAGGUCAUAAAGUUGGCAGAUGGGAUAAUUUUUUGAAAUUUGGAGGAAAAAAUGAAUUGAUGUAAGCAUUUAACAAUUUUCAGUGGUGGUGGAUAAUAUGUAGAUGAUGCCGAACAAAAUAAUAUUAAGAUUGGUAUGUGGAUCGAAUUAUGGGAUGAAUUUAAGAAAGACUCGUAAAUUAUUUAUAAAGGUGAAUAUAAAAAUGGUCAAAAAAUUGGUAGAUGGGAUAUUUUAUAUAGAAGAAAUGAUAGAUUUCGAUAGAUGUAAUUUUAAAUAAUAAAAUAAAAUGAUUUAGUGGUGGUGGAUAAUAUGAUGAAUGCUUAUAAGAAGGUCUUAAAAAGAUUGGUAAAUGGAUUGAAUUAAGUGAAGGAUUUUAUGAUUAUUCUUAAGUCAUUUAAACUGGUGAAUAUAUAAAUGGUUUUAAAUUUGGUAGAUGGGAUGUAUUAUAUAGGUAGAAGAUGAGUGAUCAAUUUGAAUAGAUGUAAAAUAAAGUAAUAAUAUAAUUUAGAGGUGGCGGAUUAUAUGAAAAUGACAAAGAAAUAGGAGCUAUUAAGGUUGGAAAGUGGAUUGAAUUGAGUGAUGAAUUUAAGUGGGAUUCAUAAUUUAUUUAUACGGGUGAAUAUAAAAAUGCUAACAAAGUUGGUAUAUGGGAUGAAAUGGUUAGAGAUAGGAAUAAUAUAGAGGCAGGAUUUUAAAAAAUGUAAAUAAAAUAUAAUAUUAAAACUUAAAAAAGUAAGGAGAUUUAAUAUGAUAAUUGAUGAAAAUAUCCG